AUGGGCUCAGUGCUACUUCCUCAUCUUCCUUCUGGAUGGCACGUCGACCAGGCCAUCCUUUCAGAGGAGGAACGCGUCGUGGUGAUCCGUUUCGGUCGUGAUCAUGAUCCCGAUUGCAUGAGGCAAGAUGAGACCCUCUACAAGAUCGCCGAAAAGGUGAAGAAUUUUGCUGUCAUCUACCUCUGCGAUAUCGACCAAGUACCUGACUUCAACGCCAUGUACGAACUCUACGACCCGUGCUGCAUCAUGUUCUUCUUCCGUAACAAGCACAUCAUGUGUGACUUUGGCACAGGCAACAAUAACAAACUCAACUGGGUCCUCGAAGACAAACAGGAGCUCAUCGAUAUCAUUGAAACUGUCUAUCGGGGAGCGAAGAAGGGAAGAGGUCUGGUGGUCAGCCCCAAGGAUUACAGCACCAGGCACAAGUACUAA